GAGGUAUUUAUCUAUGCAGUAAUUUAAAAAAAAUACAUAAAUUUAGCUUUUGAAUUAAACGUGUAAUUUUAUGACUUUCAGUGCCAAGUUAUGGCUGGCAGCUUGCUAUAGAACAGACUUGUUUUCGAUACCUAGAGAACAACUAACCAGGAACUAGAAGCUCUGUGAGUACCAUUUUGAUGAGAAGUUUUAUAGUGCAGGGCCCUCAAGAAAGCGUUUGUUACCUAACGCGUUACCAACAUUAUUUCCUAAUCCCACAAAAAGGACUUGUGAAGGUGAACAGCUUGAGGAAGGACCGCCAAAAAAAGUCUCAAAGGAAAAGGACAUAAAAAUUCUAUCAGAUAUUUUAAUACAGCCUGCAAUUAUGAAACCAGCAACGUUGGCCCAGCAAAGUAUUGCCGAAAAAAAUUCUCCUUAUGACAGAACUAAGACGCCUGAAAAACACCCAUUAUUGGAUAUUUUUUCUGGCCCAAGCACUUCACAUUAUUCAGUGUGCGAGCCCCUCGGCAACCUCCUAUCUAUCGAAAUAGAUAAACAGUCCGAGAAUUCUCCACCAGGCCUUCUUUCUCCGUCAGCUUCUACUCAGACUUCUUCUCAGCUGAGUAGUAACACUCCCCGAAAGCGAAAACUUCGACUGCAAAUUAAAAAAAUGAGAAAGUUUGGUGUAACUGCUAAAGCACGCCAAAAAGAAGAUCCUGAUGUAAGAGAUUUUAACAGGUUAUGUGACAAAUUUCUAAGUAAACCUUUGGCAUGUGUUAUUAAAACUCAUGUGGCACUAAAGGGCAAGAGACGCAAAUCUCAUAGAUUUUCUAUGGAAUUAAAACAAUUUGCCUUAACAUUUCAUUUUUUAAGCCCCAAGGCAUAUAAAUUCAUAGGUAGUUUGCUUACUCUACCAACAAAAAGAAGUUUGCAUAGAAUUACAGAAAAUAUUUCUUGCCAGCCUGGUAUUAAUAAUGCAGUUUUAUAUAAAGCUCUUCAAAUCAAACUUAACACCCUGCUUGAGCAAGAUAAGCAUUGCAUUUUGUGCAUUGAUGAAAUAUCUUUAAAGGCUAAUAUUGCUUUUAACGUUACACAAGAUAGAAUUGUGGGAUUUGCAGAUCUUGGUGAACAAACCGAAGAACCAUUUAUUUGUAAAAAUGCGUUAGUUAUUAUGGCUAGAGGAUUAUAUUCUUCCUGUAAGCAGCCUUUAGCGUAUUUUUUAGUAGGUUCACAAUUAAAAGCCUCCAAAUUAAAAACUAUUAUGGGGGAGCUUAUUCCUAAAUUACUGGAAAUUGGACUUAAAAUAGAAAGUAUUGCUAGUGAUAUGGGGUCAAAUUUUAUUAAACUUUCUAAAUUGUUAGGUGUGACACAUGAAAACCCAGAAUUUCAAUUCGGAGACCAAAACUUGUUAUAUAUUUUUGAUCCAUGUCAUCUAGUCAAAGCAACAAGAAAUAAUCUAUUUAAUCAUUCAUUUCACUUUGACGAAAAAAAAACAUCAUGGACUUUCAUAAAUGAUUUCUAUCGUGCAGAUAAACAACAGUUUUAUAGAUGUGCCCCAAAGUUGACAGAUUCCCAUAUAUGUCCCUCAGCAUUUGAAAAAAUGAAAGCAGGUCUCGCUAGCCAAGUUCUUAGCCAUACUGUGGCAAGUGGGAUGAAUACUUAUGUAACUGUAGGUGCACUCCCUGCCGAUGCAUUUGGAACCAUAGAGGUAAUUGAGAAAUUCAAUAACCUCUUUGAUUUAUUAAACUCAAUAUCCUUGGGAGAUCCUUGUAAAUUUAAAAAUGUUUAUGAUGGAUCACCAUACCAAAUAGAAUUUUUCCAUGAGAUGUUACUUUUUUUAAACAAAUUAAAAAUUUGUAACUCUAAAGCAAUAAAGAUAUCACAAAUUCUGUGAAAUUUCGUAAUUGCUGGAUGGUUACAAUCAGAAGCACGAUAAAAAUAUGGGAAAAAUUAUCAACAUUGGGUUACAAGUAUCUCAAGACUAGGAGGUUAAAUACAGAUUGUAUCGAAAACUUCUUUGGUGCUGUAAGGCAGCAAAGUGGGAAUAAUGUUAAUCCAACACCACUGCAAUUCCAAAGAGCGUUUAAAAAGCUGUUCUGUCAGAAUUACUUACAUUCGGAAAGAAUGAAUUGUAAAAAUGAUUUGGAUAGUAUAUUGAUGAACGUCAAAUCCAUCAAUAUACCCGAAAUUUUCAAUGAAAAAAAAUUUGAAGUUGCAAAAGGUAUUGCACUUCAAAACUAUAGUUAUAGGACCGACCAUAUUCCCACAGAAAAUGCCUUUCGGUAUGUUUGUGGCUAUAUUAUGAAAAGAGCACUUGAAGUUCAUAUUAACUGUGAUACCUGCACCAAUUUCGGCAAAAUGUGUGAUGAAAUGGAUAUAAAUAGAUUAUUUUUUCAUUUUAAGGCUUAUAAUUCCAGUAUAUGUAACUUUGGUGGCUUACAAUCUCCUCCAGAAGAGUUUAUUUCAUAUAUAUUUAAAUUAGAGGAAAUAUUCAAUUGUAAUUUUGAGAAAAUGUGCAUAAACCAGGGAAUAUCUAACAAUUUAUUUAACAUAAUGAAAACUAUUAAUUAUGAACACCCUUGUGCACAUUUUCCAAAAACCUUUAUCUUAAAAUUAUUUAUAAGGUUGAAAAUAUUUUACACCAUUAAAUAUAAUAAUAGGGUCUUAAAAACAAAUAAAGAUAAAAAUGUUCGAAAACUAAAAAUUUUGCGGAAU